AUGUCACGUCGAGCAAAACAAAUUUUGGCUGCAGAAGCGCGAAAAGCAGCGGAUGGAGAUUCAUUCGUACCAGUUCUUCUUCUAUCUGAAUUGGAUGUUAGCAAAUGUACUCAAAUACGAUUUCUAGAAAUUCUAACCAAUUUGGAUGAACUUUGUGCUAGUCGAUCGGUUGAUCAACGAGCAACAUAUGUAGAACAAAUUUAUAAUCGAAUGCUUCAACUUUUAUCUCAAAAGAUAGAAAUUCCAUUGAAUCGAAUCAUGGCAAUUGUCAAACAGUUGAUUGUAUAUCAUCCAGUAAUGGCAAUUUUAACACUUGAUGAUUUAAAAAAAAUUGGUGUUGAAAUGGAAAAACGAUCGGUAAUCAUUCAUUUUGAUAUGAGUGGAUCGAUGGAUGUACGAGGUUUUAAUCCAUUAGUUCAAACAGUCAUUAAUCUAUGUAGAAAAUUACAAAAUCAAGGUAUUCAAGUAUAUAUAUCUUUGUUUGGUGGCGGUCAACAAGAGAGAAUACAUACGGCUAUCGGCGGUCAAUUACUUACAUUAGAUCAAUUUGCAAAUGGAAAUUAUCGACCAAAUGGUGGUACAGCUUUUUGUCCAUCAUUUGAUCGAACAAAACAAUUUCCUACUCCGUAUGAUGCAAUCAUUGUUUCUGAUGGCGACUUUACUGACGAUAUUUCUCGGUUAGCUUUUCAAGAACAAUGUCAGACUGUUUUCUUUGUUGCACCACCAUGGUCUCCAUUAGGUAUUGAGGAGAAACAUGCAAAAACAAUUUCAUCAAGUGUCCAUUCAACUGUUCCCUAUAUCGGUAUUGCUUCCGAGAAAUAUCCACAACUUGAUACUAUUAUUGAAGGAUUUCUACGUGAACAUAAUUUUUUUGCUCGUCUAUCUGGAUAUGUUACUAUUGGUACGUAUGCUAUUCCAUCGAAUCUUCUUGCACCAACACAAAUGAUACAAGUUUUAAACAAUUGUAUUGCUCAAGGUGAAAUUCAAUUGCAAAUUUUAACAAAAAAAAUUCUUGGUCUUUUUCGAUAUCUUGAAGAAACAGCUAAACUCAAUUUUGAACGAUGUAUUCGAGGUGAAGAAUUUCGAAAUCUUAUGUCAUUAGUAACACCAUUGAUUAAGUCGACGCAAGCUCAUUUGGAAACAAGUAAUGCUUGUCAACAAUUGUACGGAUAUUUAACCAAAAUUUUGAAUAAUUUUGCACAUGAACAACAAAAAUUAAUCAAAAGUAUAGCUAAUGAUCCAAAAGCAAAGACAGAAUUGACUAAAUUUUGGGAUGAUGCAAUGAGUUUUAGUGAAAGAGCAUUGAUUAUUGAAGAAAAUGAACGAAAAUAUGGACCAUCAGUGGCCUAUUUAAAUGUACGAGUAGCUAGUUUGACUUGUACAAGUGAAAUAUUGUCCGAAGCAUUACAACAAUUGAAAACUCUAUAUUCACCAGAAGAUUUUGAUCUUCUAUCAAUCAUUCUCGAUAUUUUAUCAAUGUCAAAAAUAGACGAUCAACCAACAUCAGUUCCAGAAGAUUUGUGCAUUCUCAUUUGGCGUAAACCAAAUGGUACUAUCGAUCUACUAUCUAUUCUACGUCAACUACCAUAUUGUCUUCAACAAUAUCAAUAUUCACGACAAAUUCCAUUGGAUAAUGGUUGGACAUUACAACCGUUGGCAGCUAUUCGUUUGGCUUGGAUAACGGAAGCAUCAGGUCGAACAUUUCCUGAUUUUAUCACACAAGCAUUACCAAGUUUAGUCGUACCGAAUAAAUUUCUAACUGAUCUAGAUCAAGAUGAAAAUCGAUCAGCAUUUUGGAUGAAAAUUCUACGUGAACUUGCUCCAAAAAUAGAUCUUCCAUCUGAAAGUCUACAAUCAAUUCAUCAAAUUCUUACUGUGCAUACUUUGAAAGGUUUCUUACUUCGAUUGACUGAUGGUUCGAUUACUUAUGAGAAACAAGUUUAUGAAAAUGUUUUACCAUUCAUUGAUACAGAUGAACCUAUGGCUUGGUGUGUCUUUGUCAAUAAAGAUUUAGAUCGCGUCGAUGCUCGUACAGGUCAAGUCAUUGAACAAUCAACAUUUAUUACAGAUCCAAUUGAAAUCGAAGGAUGGUAUAGAACGAAUCUUGUAAAGCGCGGUUCUGUAGUUCGACCACGAUAUUUAUCUCUCCGCGAAUAUUCUAACUUUCCCGACGGUGCCAUUGAACUCUACAAUACUUGUACUCGAAAAGAUGUUGAUAUUCUACGUGAUCAAUUGACAGAACUCGGUGGUAAUUCUUAUUCAUCCGAUCAAAUCAAUGCACACAUCUAUACAAUUCGUGAUCGACUCAAAACAAUUCCAUGUGUAGUUUGGGGAUCGACUGAUUUAAUAACUGAGACGAUAGUUAUGGCCAAGGCUGCAUGUCAAGGUGCUACUGUACCAACAGAAAAAGUUACAAUAAACAUUACCAGAGCAAUUGUCAUUGAUUAUUUAGUGUCACAUUGUGAAGAUCGCUUUGCUGCCGGAGCAUUACGUGGAUUUGGUGAAUAUGCACGCAUAGCUAGUCAACAAGCAUCGGCUGGCACCACGGAACUUGAUUAUGCUAUUGAAUGUGGACAAAAAGCUACAACAGAAACAACUUCUUUGCAAAUUGUGCCAUUCAUUCAUUUGGAUAAACCUGGCGUUCGAGAAUAUCUAGAACAACAGUACAAGAAAUUGGCACGGCAAUUGCGUUUGGUUUUGAGUCCUCCACAAUUUCAGAGUCUACCUACAUUGCUACAAAAAGCACAACAAACAGUAGCCAAUGAUGAAAUUUUAGGUAUGGCCGAUCUUGAAUCGUUACCAACACGAACUACUACUGCAAAGCCAGUUGAAAGCUCGUCACAAGUUGUACUCAAUAAAGAUUUAUUCACUUGUCCGAUUACACUCGAUAUUAUGGAUAAUCCUGCAACAACAACACCUUGUGGACACAUGUUCGAUAUGGAUGCUAUCAACGAAUAUUUGAAGACAGCCAAUAUCUGUCCUAUUUGCCGAACAGUAGUAACUGGUGUCACGCAGAAUUAUGCAUUCAAAAAUGUAAUUGAAGCAUGGUUGGCCCAACAAACGGAAUAA